AUGACCAUUUCUUCCGCGCAUCCAGAAACAGAACCCAAGUGGUGGAAAGAGGCCACAGUCUACCAGAUCUACCCAGCAAGUUUUAAGGACUCCAACAACGACGGGUGGGGUGACAUGAAAGGUAUUGCGUCCAAGUUGGAGUAUAUCAAAGAGCUUGGCGCCGAUGCCAUCUGGAUCUCGCCAUUCUACGACUCGCCACAAGACGACAUGGGCUACGAUAUUGCCAACUACGAGAAGGUCUGGCCAACUUACGGUACCAAUGAGGACUGUUUUGCCUUGAUUGAAAAGACGCACAAGCUAGGUAUGAAAUUCAUUACCGACUUGGUGAUCAACCACUGUUCCAGCGAACACGAAUGGUUCAAGGAGAGUAGAUCUUCCAAGACCAAUCCAAAGCGUGAUUGGUUCUUCUGGAGACCUCCCAAGGGUUUCGACGCCGAAGGCAAGCCAAUCCCUCCAAACAACUGGAGGUCGUACUUCGGUGGGUCCGCGUGGACAUUCGACGAAAAGACGCAAGAAUUUUACUUGCGUUUAUUCUGCUCCACCCAACCUGAUCUUAAUUGGGAAAACGAAGACUGCAGAAAGGCAAUCUACGAAAGUGCUGUUGGAUAUUGGCUAGACCAUGGUGUCGACGGUUUUAGGAUUGAUGUGGGGAGCUUGUACUCCAAGGUUGUAGGCUUGCCUGAUGCGCCUGUGAUUGACGAGAACACGAUGUGGCAACCCAGUGACCCUUUCACAAUGAACGGACCACGUAUUCACGAGUUCCACCAAGAGAUGAACAAGUUCAUGAGAGAGAGAGUCAAAGAUGGUAGGGAGAUUAUGACGGUUGGAGAGAUGCAGCAUGCAUCCGACGAGGCCAAGAGGUUGUAUACUAGUGCUUCAAGACACGAGCUUAGUGAGUUAUUCAACUUUUCCCACACUGAUGUUGGGACUUCGCCCAAGUUCCGUCAAAAUUUGAUCCCAUUUGAAUUGAAGGAUUGGAAGGUUGCGUUAGCUGAAUUGUUCAGAUACGUUAACGGGACUGACUGUUGGUCAACAAUUUAUCUCGAAAACCACGACCAACCUCGUUCGAUUACGAGAUUUGGUGACGAUUCCCCAAAGAACCGCGUCAUUUCCGGCAAGUUGCUGUCUGUGAUGCUGAGUGCUUUGACCGGUACUCUGUAUGUGUACCAAGGACAAGAGCUAGGCCAAAUUAACUUCAAAAACUGGCCGGUUGAGAAGUACGAGGAUGUUGAAGUCAAAAACAACUACAAGGCGAUUAAGGAAGAGCACGGGGAGAACUCAAAGGAGAUGAAGAAGUUUUUAGAAGCCCUUGCUCUUAUUUCCAGAGACCAUGCCAGAACCCCAAUGCAAUGGACUGGUGAAGAACCGAACGCAGGGUUCUCCGGGCCGGAUGCUAAGCCAUGGUUUUACUUGAAUGAGUCUUUCAGAGAAGGCAUCAACGCCGAAGAUGAAGCCAAGGAUCCGAACUCAGUUUUGAACUUCUGGAAGGAGGCCUUGAAAUUCAGAAAGGCGCACAAGGACAUUACUGUGUACGGUUAUGAUUUUGAGUUUAUUGAUUUGGACAACAAAAAGCUUUUCAGCUUCACAAAGAAGUACGACAACAAGAAAUUGUUUGCUGCUUUGAACUUUAGCUCUGAUAGUAUAGAGUUCACGAUUCCAAAUGAUAGCCCCUCGUUUAAAUUGGAGUUUGGAAACUAUCCAAAGAAGGAAGUUGAUGCAUCUUCCAGAACAUUGAAGCCAUGGGAGGGCAGAAUUUACAUAUCUGAAUGA